AUGGUGCACCUCAACCGUGUUGCGACCGACAAGGAGGUCAAUGCCGCAAAGGGCCUUGUUGACGACAUGAAGAAGUUCACCCUCGCCGUCGAGGAGGAGCCCGAUGACUACACGGCGACCGUCUACGGCAGUAAGUAUGCCGCCGAAGACCUUCCUAGGCACGAGAUGCCCGACCGUGAGAUGCCGCCCCAGGUCGCAUACCGCAUGAUCAAGGACGAUCUCACCCUCGAUGGUACUCCGACGCUGAACUUGGCCUCUUUCGUCACGACGUACAUGGAGGACGAAGCCGAGAAGCUCAUGGUCGACGCCUUCAGCAAGAACUUCAUCGAUUACGAGGAGUAUCCCGUCAGUGCCGACAUCCAGAACCGCUGCGUUUCGAUGAUAGCCCGCCUCUUCAACGUACCGUCCAACGACGAAGCUAACGCGAUGGGUACCUCUACCAUUGGUAGUUCGGAAGGUAUCAUGCUUGCGGUACUCGCCAUGAAGAAGUACUGGUCCAACAAGCGCAAGGCCGAGGGAAAGCCGUUCGACAACCCCAAUAUCAUUAUGAACUCCGCUGUGCAAGUCUGCUGGGAAAAGGCGGCAAGGUACUUCGAUGUUGAGGAGCGUUACGUGUACUGUACGUCCGAUCGAUAUGUUAUCGACCCGAAGGAGGCUGUUGAUUUGAUUGACGAAAACACUAUUGGCAUUUGCUCAAUUCUCGGAACCACCUACACUGGAGAGUACGAAGACACCAAGGCCAUCAACGAUCUGCUCGUUGAGAAAAACAUCGAUGUCCCAAUCCAUGUCGACGCUGCUUCAGGCGGUUUCGUCGCGCCUUUCGUCAAUCCCGGCCUGGAAUGGGAUUUUAGGCUGGAAAGGGUCGUCUCUAUCAAUGUCUCUGGGCACAAAUAUGGACUUGUAUAUCCUGGUGUGGGCUGGGUCGUCUGGCGUGAUCCCAAAUACCUCCCGAAGGAACUCGUGUUCAACAUCAACUACCUUGGUGCUGAUCAAGCCUCUUUCACUCUCAACUUCUCGCGCGGUGCUUCACAGAUCAUUGGACAGUAUUACCAAAUGAUUCGAUUGGGUAAGAGAGGGUACAGGAGGAUCAUGCUGAACUUGACGAGGACGGCGGACUACCUUUCUGCGAACCUGGAAGAGCUAGGCUUCAUCAUCCUAUCACAGAAGAGCGGCGAGGGUCUUCCACUCGUUGCUGCUCGUCUGGAUGAGGACCUCGGGAAGCAGUACGACGAGUUCGCAAUCGCCCACCAACUACGCGAGCGCGGCUGGGUCGUCCCCGCGUACACAAUGGCCCCACACUCAGAGAAGAUGAAGCUUAUGCGUGUCGUUGUCCGUGAAGAUUUCACCAAGUCACGCUGCGAUGCCCUCAUUGCAGACUUCAAACUCGCUCUCGAGACGCUUGAUGCUAUGGACGCCAAGAAAAUCCAACAUGAGAAAGAGCACGCUGCUCAGUUUCACAUCCGUCGUCGUUCGACUUUGAUCGGCACUGCGGGACCACAGGUCAGCAAACAGCCGACGACUCACUUCCAGGACGAUCACAGCUUGCAGGGUCAGCAUGGAAAGACCCAUGCCGUGUGCUAG